AGCCAUUGGAAUGGAAAUUGUGACCAUAUCUCCAUAGUAUGAGAUAAAAGGGUGUGUGCGAGUGGCAGCCAUUGAAGAUAACACCCAGUAAAAACCCAGAUGGCGGACUGCCCACAGGGAGGGGACUUGAUAUAAAGUAUCAGAGUGAGAGAGUGAUGGAACCUCCAGGAAUUCCAUCCUAAAAACCUGCGGAGGAGGAGGUAAAUCAGACUGUGAGAUCUCACUCGAACAGACAUGGCCAGGGCUAGCCUCCUCUACCUGGGGCUAGUGCUGUGUGUGCACUCCUUAACAGCCCAGGAUGCAGGGCAGAUCAGGACUGGGCAGGAGGGAGGGGGGCAGGAAGAUGGUGAGUGGUUCACUGGAGCCCAUGGAGUGCAGGAUUUGGCUCAGCUGUCAUGGGACUAUUUGCAGUGCUGGUUCUCUCCAGAGAAAUGUGAAGAAAGUGAGCGACCUGCGGAUUGGGGCUGGCCUACUGUUGGCUGGGAAUCCCUGCAGUUUUUAUCAGACUGGUAUUCACGAGUAUCCGAAAGCGGGGACUAUGCCUAUGGAAGGAUUUCCAAUAAUCUAACAGGUUUGCAAUGGGACCUAAGCACACGUGUACAUGGGCAACACCUGGCCAAGGAUCUAAUAGUAACCUCCUUUCAAGAUUUCCUUGAGGACAGUGGACCCAAAAAGCCACUAAUCCUCUCUUUCCAUGGCUGGACUGGAACGGGUAAAAAUCUGGUGGCCCGGAUCAUAGCAGAGAACCUGUAUGAAGAUGGACAGCGGAACCGCUGUAUCAGAAUAUUUUUUCCACAGUUGCACUUCCCCCACGCCUCACACUUGGAGGUCUACAAGGUUCAGUUGGAGAAACAGCUCCGAGACAUAUCCUUGCGUUGCUCGCAGCCCCUGUUCAUCUUUGAUGAUGCAGAUAAGAUCCCUGUUGCGCUUUUGACUUCGAUUAUUCCAUAUAUUACUCAGUCAGAGACACAGCAAACCCCCAGCAUUUUCAUAUUCCUCAGUGGUUUGGGCAGUACUGCAAUUAACGAGGUGGCCCUCACUUUCUGGCGUGCAGGACGCCAUCGGGAGGAGAUUACAGCUGAUCACCUGGACCGUCCUUUGAAAGCCUCCAUAAGGGACCAAGGAGACAGUGUUCUGCUCUGGCAUCUCGUGACUGAGGGUCACGUUGAUGUGUUUGUCCCUUUUCUGCCGCUGGAGCGAGCUCACGUGAAGCUGUGUGCCAGGGAUUCCUUUGUGGCACGAGGGUUGCAAUACACAGAGACCGCUCUAGAUGUUCUUACUAAAGGAUUGCUAUUUGUUCCAAAGGAGGAGAAGCUGUUUUCUGCCCAAGGCUGCAAACUCGUGGCACAGAGAAUUAACUUCCUGCAGUAGCU